AUGCCGGACCUGCCACGGACGCUCGCUCGGUCCUGGUCGUCGACGCUCAAGCUCCCGAAAUCGACGUUCCCUGCACGCGUGACGCCGGCCGAUCGGACAAAAUACCUGCAGCGAUGCACCGACGACCUCUACGCCUGGCAACAGCGUGAACGACCAGCCAGCCAGCCGUUCGUCCUACACGAUGGACCGCCAUACGCAAACGGCGAACUUCACGUUGGCCAUGCCCUCAACAAAGUACUAAAAGACAUUAUUUGUCGUAUACAGCUCGGUCUUGGAAAGCGGAUACGAUACGUACCGGGAUGGGACUGUCACGGCUUGCCGAUAGAGCUGAAGGCUCUGGAAGCGCAAAAGGAACUACAGGGACAGGAACACAACGGGCCCGUUAGCGCAGCGCUGGUACGGAAGGCUGCGCGCAAAUUGGCUGAUCGGACAGUCAAGGCGCAGAUGAAGGGAUUCCGGAGCUUCGCGGUCAUGGCGGAUUGGGAGAACCAUUGGAAGACUAUGGACAAGGCGUUCGAAAAGAGACAACUUGGCGUUUUUCGGGAAAUGGUCGAUAAGGGAUUGAUCUAUCGGAGGUUCAAGCCGGUUUACUGGUCGCCGUCUACUGGCACGGCGCUGGCGGAGGCCGAGCUGGAAUACAAGGAAGAUCAUGUGUCAACGGCUGCUUUGGUGAAAUACCCUCUUGCUAGCAUCCCGGAGCAUCUGGCACAGGACCCCCUGCUCAAGGAUAAGGGAAUCAGCGCUGUUAUUUGGACUACGACUCCCUGGACACUCCCGGCAAACGCGGCUAUCUCGGUUCACCCGUCUUUGGAAUACACCAUCGUCGACUCGGAUACACAGGGCUAUCUUCUCAUCGCACAGUCUCGACUGGAAUAUCUCGAGGGCAUCCUGAAGGAGGAUCUGUCGGUCAUUGUACCGGCUAUCCCUGGAUCGAAGCUCGCUGACCAAACUACCUACCGAUCUCUGUUCAAGGGACCCGAUGCGGAGCCGCAACCCAUCAUCGCCGCGGACUUUGUCACCGCCGACUCUGGGUCCGGUCUUGUUCAUUGCGCCCCAGGCCACGGUAUGGAGGACUACGAAGCCUGCUUAUCCCGAGGUAUCCCCGCAUUUGCUCCCGUGGACGACAACGGCAAAUUCACCGACAAGGCCAUGCCCAGUGAUCCAACGAGGCUCAGUGGAAAGAGCGUUCUGGGUGACGGAAAUGCCGCUGUUCUCGAAUACGUCGAAUCUCAAGGCCUGCUCAUCACCAAGCACCGGUACGAGCACAAGUAUCCCUACGACUGGCGGUCCAAGCUUCCCAUCAUCAUUCGCGCCACAGAGCAAUGGUUCGCCGACGUAGCGGACAUCCGUGGCAGCGCCAUGACCGCGCUGGAAGACGUCAACUUCGUGCCUAACGCCGGAAGACAGCGACUGGAGAACUUCGUCAAGAACCGCAGCGAAUGGUGUAUCUCGCGUCAACGCGCCUGGGGUGUCCCUAUCCCGGCGCUCUACCACCGCGGCACCGGCGAUGCCCUGCUCACCAAGGAUAGCGUGUCCCACAUCAUGAACGUCAUCGAAGAGCGUGGCAUUGACGCAUGGUGGACAGACGAUGCCAACGACGAAGCUUGGAUCCCACCAACUCUCCGAGAUGCCUCUGGACCCGGCUACAGACGCGGAACCGACACCAUGGACGUGUGGUUCGACAGCGGCACCAGCUGGACCGAGAUCGACCUGCCCUACCGUGACGGCGGAUACCCCGCAGACGUCUACCUAGAGGGCACCGACCAACACCGUGGAUGGUUCCAGUCCGGCCUUCUCACCUUCAUUGCCCACCAGCUCGCUUCCGGACAGACCGCUUCCCCUCGCGCGCCGUUUAAGAACCUCGUCACUCAUGGAUUCACCCUGGAUGAGGAGGGACGCAAGAUGAGCAAGUCAAUCGGUAACGUUAUCCAGCCGGAGUCAAUCAUGGAUGGAACGCUCUUGCCGCCCCUAAAGCCCAGGAAAGGCAAGGGGAAGAAGCAGGCUGAGAACCAGGCACCUGUCUACGACGCGCUUGGCCCGGAUGCUCUGCGGAUGUGGGUUGCAAGCAGCGACUACACGCGGGAUGUUGUGAUUGGCAAGCAAGUUCUCCAGACGGUUAAUACCAGUCUGCACAAGUACCGUGUGACGUUCAAGUUGUUGUUGGGUGCCUUGUCCGACUUCCGUCCGGAGGAUCGUCUCCCUUAUGACCAGCUGCAGCAGGUGGAUCGUAUCGCGUUGAAACAUCUCUCCGACACAGUCCUGGCCUGCCAGAAGGCCUGCGAGAACUUUGAAUUCUACAAGGCCGUGAAUGCCAUCAACCGCUGGGCCAAUCUUGAGUUUUCUGCAUUCUACAUGGAAGCCAUCAAGGACCGUCUUUACACCUACGCGGAGAACAGCACCAGCAGACGGGCUGCCCAGACGACCUUGUUCCACAUCUAUCACCACCUCCAAGAGGUGCUUGCCCCGAUCACUCCGUUGUUGGUAGAAGAGACCUGGGAGCACACGCCCGAGGCCAUCAAAGCCCACUGCGAGCAUCCGCUCAAACGGAUUGUUUCCGCGCCCGCCUCCGAAUGGCAGAACCAGGCUCUGGAAGCAGACUACCAGGACAUCGUGGCCGUGAACUCGGUCGUCAAGGCGAUCCAAGAAAAGGCCCGUGGCCAGAAGCAGAUGGGCUCUUCCCUGCAAUCGUUCGUCCACAUUGUUCUUCCCAAGGACGCUACAAGCGAUGCAGUCUUCGCGCGCCUCCAGUCCGAACUGCCUGAUGUGUUUGUUGUCUCGUCGGUCAGUCUCGGGGCGCACGAGGAGCCGAUCCCGGAAGACAUCCGCAAUGCGGAGUGGCAGUAUAAUGAGGUGUACGAGCUGCCGAGCGGGGGGACAGGCACGGUAUAUGUGUAUACCCCGCAGGCGAGCAAGUGUCCGCGCUGCUGGCGGUAUGUGGUGCCCGAGACAGAGGCGGCGGAAGAGACGGUGUGUGGGCGGUGCGAGGAGGUGGUGCAGGAGUUGGAUGCAUCGAGCUGA